AGACGACGACGUAAGUGGGCGGUGGGCCAAGCGGUCAAGCGGCCAACGGGAAAAGGGAAUGUGAGAAGCAGGCCGGGUAAAGAUCAAGAGAGAGAGAUGGCGGCGACGCAGACGCAGACAAGAAGACGACGCAAAUGCUGCAGCAGCGGCGGCAACAACAACAACAAAGCGCACGGCAACACGAGCAUGUGCGAGGCCAGCCAGCCGGGGGUCCACCAGACUUAUGAGGCUGGUCUGAUGCGUGCAAUGACAAUGCAAAUGUCGGCCGUCGUGCCCCUUUCGUGCCCGUGGGCUUGGCUGCGAAGGGGGAGCGACAGGGCCAGCAGAGGGCCGGCCAGAGCCCAGCAAAAGGUCCAGCCAUAG